CUUCUCUUCAUUCAACAAUCCUGUACAUUUAAUCCACACCGUCAGCCUCAAUUCCGCCACUUUGCAGUAAAUCUCAAACAUGGCGCUCAAUCCUAAAUUCGCCGGUCAGCGAUUCCUUGCAUCCGGAUCGCCAAACGCGGUCCACACGAUUGAGUUGUUUCUCGAUUAUGUUUGUCCAUUCUCCAGGAAGAUGUUCGACACCGUGUACGACCAGGUGUUCCCGACCGUGAAGGCCAAAUGGGGUGACAAGGUUCAAUUCAUCUUCCGACAGCAGAUUCAGCCCUGGCAUCCGUCUUCAACCUUGGUGCAUGAAGCUGGCGUAGCAGUGCUGCAAACUCAGCCUGAGAAAUUCUGGGAUUUUAGCAAGGCUCUAUUUGCUAAGCAGACCGAAUACUUCGACGCCAAUGUCGUUCACGAGCCGCGUAACAAGACCUACGAGCGACUCGCUAAGCUUGCCGGUACCGUCGGACUUGACGACAAGAAGAUUUAUGGUCUUCUCGAGAUCUCAGAUAAGCCAGAUGCUGACGGAAAUACCAACAACGGUAACAAAGUCACCAACGAUAUCAAAUUGUUGACGAAGGCUACUCGUCUUCAAGGCGUACACGUCACACCCACCGUCCUUUUCAAUGGCAAUGUCGAGAACAGUAUCUCGAGCAGCUUCUCCAAGGCCGAUUGGGAGCAAUGGCUGGAGAAGAACAUCGCUUGACUUCCAGAGCAGCAGUCUACCGUGCGUGCUUCGCUUUGAAAUUUGUAAAAAGAGUGGUUCGACCGGCAUAGUUGUUGACGGACCCCAAUGAUAAAUAUGUUCUGCCAUUGUUUGUGGACGAGUUUCAGAAGGAUGUCACUCGGUUUCAGAGCGGAUGUCGCCGACCGAGAAAAAUUUAAAAAAAAGUAAGAUCGAGC